AUGGUAAUGAAAAAAGCAUUAUUGUUUUUGUUCGCUGUGAUUCUGGUGCAAAAUAAAGUCGAAAGUGAACACAGUGGCAUUUUCUCUGGUAAAAAUCUUUUGAAUCCGUUCAAUAGAUGCUAUGAUGAAUAUGGCUGUUUCACGACAUUGCCCCCAUUCGGAGGUACGUUGCAACGACCAACUGCUCUAUUACCUCAAUCUCCGUCGACGGUACUCACUCGAUUUUUUCUAUAUACACGAGAACAUCGCGAUGCAGUCGAAAUCGGUCGUCAGAAGACAAAUCUUGGCUUGGGCACGUGGCGACCAGAUCGAAUGACUCGUGUGAUUAUUCAUGGAAUGAUCGAAAAUUAUCAAGCACCAUGGUACGAUCAAAUGCGGCAGGCUUUCUUCGAUACGGAAGAUAGCAAUUUGAUCUUUGUCGAUUGGUCGAAAACGAAUCAUUUUCCGUAUACUCAAGCAACAGCCAAUACUCAGAUGGUUGGCGCUGAAGUGUCGUUGUUGAUCAAUGAGUUAAUCGCCAAACAUGGAGCAGAUCCACAAUUAAUUCACUUAAUUGGUCAUAGUUUGGGUGCGCAUGCAGCAGGUUAUGCAGGCUCUCGUAUUGUUCCUCAUGUGAGUCGCAUCACAGGUCUUGAUCCAGCCGGGCCUAACUUUGAACGGACUGAUCCUCGUGUUCGUUUGGAUCCGACUGAUGCUCAAUUUGUCGAUGUUAUUCACACGGAUGGACAAGCUCAUAUUCAAUUGGGUCUCGGUCUUCUGCAGCCAUUAGGUCAUGUCGAUUUCUAUCCGAAUGGAGGUCUUGAACAACCUCAGUGUCCUAAAAUGGGUGGGAAAAUUUGGAAUACCAUUAUUAAUGCAUUCGAUAACGAUGGUUUCGUUGAAUCAGUAUUGUGUAGUCACUUGUUCUCAGUGUAUACAUUUACUGAUUCCAUUCGAAAUUUGAAUUGUUCUUAUGUCUCUGUGGCUUGUUCUUCGAUGGAUAAAUUGACACAGACCGACGAAUGUAGCCGAAAUCCAAUCAAUCGAAUGGGUCUCUAUGCUUCCCCGUUGCAUCAAGGAUCAUUCUAUCUGUCGACACAAAGUGCAAAUCAAUUUCCCUACUGUCAGCAUCUCUACACGGUAACAUUGAAUGUGGGAAAUGAGAAAAUUCAAACUACCGGUCGUAUUCAAUUGACUCUUCAAGGAUCAAAUCAGAAUUCUUUCUCUUUACUCUUCGAUCAGCAAGCAAACAUGUUGCUCAAAGCAAACACCGUUCAUACUCGAGUCCUGUCUCUUGAUGGAUCACUUCCAAAUGUUGAGUCAGUUUCGAUCUCUCUGAAAUCGACUCUGAGUCAAAUGGAUCAACCCAUUCGACAAGUUGUUGUCUUCGACAUCGAACGACAGAAGAGUGUAACACUAUGUCCGACGAGCGAUGAUCAUCUAAAAUUUGAACUUUGUUGA